AUGUAGCACCCUCCUCCAGGCUGAGAUUGGUCAGAAUCACAUACCACUCACACUGCAGUCAAACUAACCUGAAUCAAAUUUAGAAGAUAGAAGUCAAGCUUUCAAGAAUGAAGACUUUUGCAAAUGUUGUUCUGGGACUUUUUAUUCUUAAGGCUGUUAUAGCUCCUCCACCAUCAGGAACUGUAAACUAUGAUACAGAUACAUAUGAGGUUGAUCUCGAAGAUCUGGAUAUCUAUGACUACAGUGAAAACAUAAGCGUUGAUCAGGGAGAGAUAGAAAUUGGCACAGUUUUGCCUGUUGUGAAUAGACCGAUCAUUUCUCCAGAGCAGAUUCCAGAAGAAGCAGAGGAGGAGGAAGAAUCAACACCAAAAUUAAUCGAUGGCUCUUCACCACAGGGACCCUUGUCUCCUGGAGUCCUUGUUCCAGAAACAAGUGGAGGUGUUUCAACUUGUAUUUUAUGCACAUGCAUUGCAACAACAGUUUACUGUGAUGAUCAUAAUUUGGACUCAGUUCCGCCCCUACCAAGAACAACCACCCAUGCUUACUUACGUUUCAACAAAAUUAGCAGGAUCAGCAAGACUGAUUUCUCACACUUAAAUAAAUUACAGAAGAUUGAUUUGACAUCAAACAUCAUAGCAGAGAUUGAUGAAGAUGCCUUCAGGACUCUGCCAUCUCUUAACGAGCUCAUACUUCGUGAUAACAGACUAAGACAGCUUCCAGAACUACCAAACACCAUGACUGUCAUUGAUUUGAGCCACAACAGACUUGGACGCAAGGGAUUAAAGAAUGAGGCAUUCAAAGACAUGAAUGAUCUCCACCUGUUAUAUUUAGUUGAUAACAACUUGGAUCACAUCCCAAUACCCCUCCCUGAAAGCCUACAAGCACUUCAUCUCCAAGAUAACAACAUUCAGGAAAUGCAUGAGGACACGUUCUGUAACAUGAAAGAUUAUUCCUAUUCUCGAAGAUCUCUAGAAGACGUAAGACUGGAUGGAAAUCCGAUCAACCUAAGCAAAACCCCACAAGCUUUUAUGUGUCUACCUCGUAUCCCUAUUGGUAGAUUGAUUUAAAUCCAAAUAAAACCCCAAUAAACUCAGUCAUGCUAUUUCUCAUAAUUAAUACAUUAAUGUGGCCAAGUAGAACAUAAAAUACUGUAAGUUGUGAAUUAUUACAAUUUAAAAGGAAAAGAGGUUGAAGCAACCGAGAGAGAAAUAUAUUUUAUUCAAAUCAACUUCUACUUUAUUAUUUUGUUUUCAGAACACAUAAAGUAAAAGGUAUAUUGAACAAUAUUAUGUUUAAAUGUACUAAAACUGGAAAAUAAUAUGCACAAAAAAUGUACAGAGGGUACUUACAUAUUAAUAUGCAUUUUUUUCAUUUUGCUGCAAAAAAUAUUGUAAUUUUAUUUUCUUUGUAUGGCACGCUACCUACUAAACUUUACUAAUCUGGUCAACCUUAGCUAAAACAAAAUGUGAAAUGUAUUACACAUAUACAAUAAAUGUAAAUAAUGUU